UCAGAUGUGGGCGGGACUGUUGUUGUGGCGCUAGCCUGCCAACACUUCCCAUCAUCCCUUUAUUUACACCAGGGGUCAGCAGCGUUUAUGACAUGAAGUACCAAUUUGACAUUUUUUCCCCAACAACUGUGUCGUCACCAACUGUACUACAAAAAUUUAUACAAAAAAAGGCAAAAACAUUUCUAAGAGAUCUGAAAUGUUGCUCAGUUCACAGACGGAUCACAACUGUUGGAGACUUAUUUUGGCAUCAACUUAAAAAGGUGCUUUCAUAACAAUAUUGCACAAGGAAAAUAGGUCAAAGUUGAAAUAGAAUUACAACUAUGUCUGUUUGAAACCAAAAGUACUACAUUUGUAGUACGUCAUACCCAGGGCUGAAAGUAGAGUCUUGUUUAUGGUAAUAUAGAGAAAUGCAUUUGAGACUAAAUCUUGCCUGUAAAUAAAAACAUAGACGGGGCUUUGUGGAAUAAAUAUUUGAAUUGAUUAUUGUACUAAAGAACUUGAUCAAUGCACAAAGUAAACCUCCUUCUUCAGCUUGUUCAUCUUCAUCCUCACUUGCAGUCUUCCUCCUGAACAAUCAUCCCUGCAUUGUUCUUUUUUCAGAUAUAAAUGAAUGUUUUUGCUGCAUGUUUAUCUUCUACCAUCGUUGCAUGAUUGCGUCCUUCAUCAGGAAAAAAACUCCCCCAAUAAUACGGUCAAGUCAUCAUUUUAAAUCAUACCAUCAUUUAAAUCAAACGAUGGUACCAAAACCAGACUUUUGGGAGACUUUCUAUUCAUUUCAUCAAAUUUUUUAACCAUCUCUAAAGUAUAGAAGGUACCUGGAAGCAGGGAUGGAGCUGAAGAAACAAGUAGUUUGAAAUGGAAAUGACAAAAACGGUUCCUUCAGAAAUGGACCGAACCGACAAACCCAGAACCAAGCAGAAAAUGAUGGAGUGAUAAAAAUGAGGGGCUUUUGUGGAGUAUUUGGUCCAGUCCAGGGGAUAAGGAAUAUCUUUUUGUUUUUUAAGUUUGUUGUCUUCAUGCUAAAGUGAAUUUUAGGGUUGGGCUUCAUCUCGGGUCCCGAUCAGGAGCUGCAGCUGCGGGGCCCGCUGACCCCGCCGAUCCCGCGGACCCGCUUUGAAGAGCCGCAUGUCUUAUGUGUUCUGCGUUUGUCAACAGAUGCGCCCCCUGCAGGCGGCCAGCCGCACUGCUCCUCCUCCUCCUCCUAUACGGCGCUCUGCCUCCGCGGCUCCUCAUUCACUAGAAGAUGGCGGACUGCGCUCCACUGUUAGAUGAGGAACUCUCGUCCUUUGUCUUCAAUUAUCUGACAGAAAACAGCGGCAGCCAGUAUGGGGAGGAGGAGGUGUGUUCGGACCGCUUGGACACGGACUUCUCGGACAUCGACCUCUCCCAGCUGGACACCAGUGACUUCGACAGCGUCAACUGCCUCAGCGAGCUGCAGUGGUGCAACGACCAGCCGGCAGGCAUGUCCCCCGCCUCCGUCCGGUACAGCGCAGCAGACGAGCUCUUCGAGAUAGAAGAAGAGCAUGCGGCUCUGCUCGCCGCACUCACGGACAGUCUGGACGGCAUGGUCGAUGCCGAGGUGGGCGGGCUCUCCGUUUUCCCCGCUCUGGAGGAGGAGCCUAGUCAAGAGGAGGAAGACGAGGACAGUCUUCCUCUCGGCGCCGAGGGCAUCAGUCAGUCUCAGGGGGCUGAGACCGAGGACCCUUCUCUGUUAAAGAAGCUGCUGCUGACUCCUCCCAAUGCCCCCACGGGAAUCGAUGUCCACAAAGAUGGACCCCACAGCCAUCGCUACGGCAACAGAAGCCUGCGACUCCGCCCGGUCAGACCCCUUACGAAGAGCGACCUCCCUCCGGAUCGGAAGCCGCGGGUGGUGCGCCCGGCAGGACGCCUGUGCAUAGAGCUGCACCGCCACCUGACCACUGCCCAAGACAUGGAGGACAACCAGGCUGCCGACACGGAGGAGGACGAGGACAGCGAGUCGGAGGAAGAAGAGGAGGAGUCCUCCGGCAGCGAGGUGGAAGCCGCCGCCGCGACGGCGGCUGCCGCCCCCGCUGAGCCCGCAAAGCCUCAGUUCAGCUCGGAGAAGGAACUGCACUCGGUGGUGGAGCUGAUCACCUACAUGCAUACGUACUGCCUGCCCGUGCGCAAGCAGCAGGGCUGGGAGCGCAGGGACCCGCCCCGGCCCCGGGCCAAGCCGGAGGCAGCGCGCCCCGCCCCCACAAACUCUCACAGCAGAGCCGCCGUCACUGGUGGGAGCGGGACAAACAGCGGCGGCCCCCGGAGGCUUCCUUUUGCGAGGCAGAGGGAGGUGAAGGCCGGCUCCCUCCUGCGUGAGCUCCUGCAGCAGAACUGCUCUUUCGAUGUGAGCCAGCCUUACAGACUGCACAGCCCGCCAUACUCCCACCAACACGCCCCCAACAGGGGCGCGUCCCCCUCCGGCCCGGCCCAGCCCUCCGGCUCCACCCACCCAAAGUCUGAGCUUUGCAAAAACUCUUCUUCUCCUGAGAGGAGGAACUCUGCACCACCACAGAGCCUGGAGGAGCCGGCAGAAACCAGCGGCUCCUUCUCCGUUCGGCGCUCUCGGCGUCUGGCGUCUUUCCCCAGUCGCUUCGCUAAGAGGUCGCAGCCCGGAUGGCUGAGGGAAGAGGAGUGGAAGGACAGGGAGGAGAAAGAUGAGCAGCAGCCAGGAGAAAAGCUUCUGCCAACCCAAGCAGGAGCAGUUACCACGACGGAGCCGCAGCAGGAGCAGCGACGGUUCGGUGACGGGAGCGCCGCUUCAGAGACGACCAAACCCUGCUGCCACGAGAAGCGAUCCUGUCUGUGUCUGCCGCUCAACUCCAAGUCCACAGGGGAGUCGCACUACAGCAGCAAGUCUUUUGAGCAGACCCUCAGCGUGGACCUCUGUGGGACAGCAGGCCUCACCCCUCCCACCACCCCACCCCACAAAUCUGUCGAGGAUGAGCCCUUCAAGCCCACGGACGGGGGAAAGAGCGGCGGCGGCGACAGCGGCAGCGAGUCCGCCUACCCGCCUUCAAACCCCAACACCUCCGCCGGGGUGAGGGGCUGGCUGAGCCGCCCCCACCACCAGCGAAAGCUGCCCGAACAGACGGAGCUGUACGCUCAGCUGCGGCGCAUGGGCCAGGCAGGCGGGGGGGACAUCCAGCGCAGCCUGUGCGACCACGACUACUGUGCACUGAACCUCGGGGACAGCCACGAGCGGAAUGCCGCCAUUCUUGGCGCAGUGUUGCAAACACAGGAGGACAGCCCUGCUGAAAAAGAGGCGGAGCUUCAGGGAUUCGAGGAAAACAGCAAGAACGGCGAGGAGGAGGAAAGGAUGGAGAUGACUGAGGUGGCGCAGGAGCAGACGACGUCGACGACUCCGCAGGCGGACUGCCAGACAGCGGACGCAACGCCGCCAGCGUCCGAGGAGGAGGCGGAGUGCUUGUCUGCCUCCCGCUCCCCAUCCCCCAUCCUUGACGUGUGUCCGGACUCCCCCUCCAGCAAGACGGACUCCAGCGAGAACUCGGAGACGUGUCCCGACGACAAACCGCGAAGCAAAGCCGAGUCUGACGAGGACAACUGCCAGGUGUUUUACAUCCACAACCUGCCCAGCAGCGUGACCCAAAACAUGCUGAGGAAACGCUUCCAGGUUUUUGGCAGCACAGAAGACUGCAAAGUCAUCAUCUGCAACGAGGAGCGCUGUGGGGUGAUAAAAAUUCGUCAGUCUGCGACUCAAAGACACCGGAAGGAAAGGGAGGCCGUGUUCCAGAGCAGUCCUGCAGGUCUGCGGAGACUGACGAGGAAGCGCUACAUCGACCUGGAUGAGGCGGGUCCCGGCCCGGUCAAGAGUAAGUACGAUGCACUGGACUUUGACACUUUGCUGAAGGAGGCUCAGAAGUCCCUGCACCGUUGACUGCACAGCGCCGCAGACUGGCCAGCCUUAGUAAACUGCAGCAGCAGCCCUCCGACCACCGGGGUGUGCAGCUGGGCCGGCUUCUCAGUACCUCCAAGCAGGACAACCUUGCAAAAUGUUUACAUUUUUACCAUUGGAAUAAAGUAACAGGACCUUGUUUUUUAAGCUUCGCUCACCGGAGGAUACUGCUUAAAAAAAAGAGGGAGUCGCUGGGAGAGGUUAUGAGACGACAGAAGAGAAACUGAACUUGAAAUGGUACACAAACUGUACCCCGUUCUCCACUGAAGAGCUGCUUCCUGUGCGUAUGGCGCCCUGCCUUGAAAGAACGGGCGUGAGAGACCUGUAGCAGAUCCUUGUUACCCCGCGUUGGUCGUUGUGGCGUGUGUUCCUGCGUGUGCGUGCUCUUUGUUCUGUUUGUUUUGUAAAAACCAGGAAAAAAGUUAAAAAGAGCAAACCUUCCUGUUUCCUGUUGCGAGCGGUGAACCUUCGCUUGUCUGGUCGUAAAACCAGAAAAAAAAAACUGCUUUGUUCUAGCAAAAAUUGUGGGUGUUUUAAGUUUUAAAAACUACUGUGUGUGUGUUAAGGACAGAUAUAACAUUUAAUCAACGGAUGACUGACAAAGUUUACAAACUUAAGAUGAAGAAAAAAAAUCAUGUUUUUUUUCUUUGUUCUAAUUGUAGUGCUUCCUUUUUUGAUCUAUGCACUGUAAGGAGGUAAAUGUCUCUUCUGUCCUCCGUUUUUCCCCUAAAACUCUCCUGUCUUUCUAACUCUGCCAUUGUGACUACCGAGGUCUCUGCUACCGGCUGCCACAGGCUCUGUUGAACCGGCGCUUUCGGUGAUGAACAACACGGUUUCUGGAAAGCCGUAGCUUUCAUUUUUACAACCUAACAAAGACAAGAAAAGGGCCACUUAGCUCUGGCGUUCCGCAUGGGAGGUACUUGAGACUUCCACCUUUAUGUUUGAAGGCUGAUGUGAAAAAAUAUAAAAUUUCCUCAUCUGAACAAAGGUUCUUUAGCCUUAGAGCCAUGUUGGACAUCCUUAAGAUGAGGAUUGGACAGGUUCAACUUUUACUGUUUAAUUGGGCAUCAUUAGAACCCAAAAACUGAUUAGAAGGUGGUUGUAAAUGAUUAGCCUGGUUGUUUACAGCUACAGAGACAGUUGUGAGUGAAAGUUAAUUAUUUAAUAUGUUAUUUCUAAAAACAGAGUUGUUAAUGUUUCUGGUUCUGAGUUUGACAGCAAAGCAAAUGUUUGAUUCUAUGCAGAUGACAGUGAGUUCUCCCCUUUACCCAGAUAUCACAAACUAAAACGACAACUUGUGAGAUCUGUGUUUGAAUUAGCUAUAACUUAACGCUUUAACACCGGAGCUGUCUGCUAACUACUGGAUCUCUUCGACCGUUGACGCAGUUGACAUAAGGCCAACAGAUUCUGACGAAGGGAGAAGCAGCUCCUAUCUAGUUUAUGUUGAUUGCGUGAACACUUCAUGCAGUUACGGUAGUUCAAAGAAUCCUCCGGCGUUUCAGGGUUAAUGUCAAACACUCGCAAGUUAUUCUCACUUUCGUUUCAAUUAUGACUCGAAUUUUAAAUUACGAACGUUUAGAGACACGACUGAAACAUCUGCAGUCAGAGAAAUUUGAUUCCUAAAACGUCUUUAUCAGAGAAAACAUAAUGGAUUAUUGGGAAUUCCCUGAAACAUUUAAGGAACUUUAGUCACAACCGUCUGUCAGACAGCGUUUAUGAGUGAUGGAUGGACCUACGCCAGCAAAGCAGACGCGAGCGGAUCGGAUGGUGUGGGGAUAAGCUCGACUUUGCGUUUAAAAGCACACAUCCACUAAAGUGUUGGGGCGAACCUGGAGGAAGAAUCUGUUGGAAUGUAUUUGAGAAGCUGAAUGUAACCAUCGUGUUUCCCCACAUCUCUGCUUGUCUGAAGACCGGAGAGCUUUCCGGUGCUUUUGUUUGGUGAUCCGCCGUCCGAUCUGCCGGAAUUGAAAAUAGCCUCGUUUCCCCCUAAUGAACAUCCUGGCGGCAGCCGGUAGCAACAGGCUUCAAAUAAGGGAGAGAGCCUCCAAAGCCUGCCAUUGUGGUGGCAGCGAGCCGCCACUGAUAACAGAGCCAGGGAAAGGCGAAGCGUUGAAGAAAUCUGUUGACUGAGACUCAGAUCUGUGGUCUGAGGAGUACCAGAUGGUACCAUACUGUACCAGAUGAGCAUCUCUACCUCACAUCCAUCCUGGCUCCCUCUGUUUCUGUUUUCCUGAACGCCGCUCUUCUCUGAGUCCGUCGUCGUGUUUUUUUUUUCUUCUGGGUUUCCCGAUGAGCAGUUCGUUCGAUCGUUGGUCUCCUUGUGAAGGACACGGUCUCCUGCUCGCAGCCUGCCUCAUAGCGGCCUAUAGCGCGUCCAUGUCUUGGAGUGUCGACCGUUCGUCCUCGUGUUGCUGAGUGUCUCGUCUUCGUCUCGUGUUUCCAGUUGGACGCUGCCGACGCCUGCAGGUCAGCGAGGGGCGGAGCCCCGGCCAACCCCACUGCCGGCGCUCGUCCCCUCCUCUCCUGGACACCUUUGUCCAAAAGCAGCCCAACUUCCUGUUCCCCAAACUUUUACUCUUUAAGACCUGCUGUCCUCCACUGAUAGUCCCUCCCUCUUCUUCGUCUUUAUCUAAUCAACACACACAAAAAAAUUGAAUGUUUACAUCACUUGAUUCUCCUUAGACUUUUUUAGGAACGCACACUAAGUACAAAUGCGCCUUAUUCAGUGCUUAAACUAAAAGAAGAGGAGUUCACUGAUGUCCAAAACUAACUGAGAAACACUUUAGUGCUAUACAUACUGAUCGAAGGGGAGGGGCACUGAAACAAACAGCUGAAUGAGGAUUUGUGCUUAGUAUGUAUACUACUAAAAAGUGAGAGAAUGUGCUGGUUUACAUACUAAAAAAGAACAUUUAAUAUAUGGAUAUAUAAUGUGUACAUAGCACUAUGCCUCAUUGUAAACAAAAUGUAUUGUGCGUUUGUUUCUUUUUAAUGAUGGCGGGUCACAGUGGGUUAGGAUUUCUGAUCGGUCGUUAUUUAACUUUUGUGGAGUUCAGGGAGGCAGUUAAAGGGAAAUCAGCCGAGCGAACAAAAAAGUCCGAAAAGAAUCCCUUUAGACGAUCACACUUGAAGUUUUCGUUCUGUUCUGUUCCAUGAAAUAUUGAUUUUUUUUUCUUUUUUCUUAAAGAAGCAAUUUCAGAUGCAAUAUCUACUCUUAAGACAGCCUUUCUGUAAACCGAGGUAAUAAUAGGGAGAGUAGGCUGGUGCGAUUCAGUGGGCUGCUGUACUGUACGUAGACUGCCAUUAACCAAAAAGAAAAAAAAUACAGCAAGAAUGUGGUCAGUAAAUACAAACACACUUAUAAUAAUAUUGCACAGAUGAAAUAUCUCCAGUAAUAUUCUCAUCGAAAGCCUUUGAGCCACGUUAUCGCCACAUUUUGAUGGUGCACAGGUUUGGUUUGAAUUGCUUUCUGCACUUAAAUUGAAGAACAGCCAGGAAGGAGGAAAGGCGGCGAGUGGUUGUCGGUUUGACCCCGUGAGCUGAGGUCACCGCUGCAGAAAUCCCAGCGUCCCUCACCUCUGCUCCCGCGCCAAAAUGAAACACAACUCUGGGUUUUUGGGAGGUUUUGCACAUCUGUCAAGCCGAAAUAAUUCUGAUCAAACGUUAAUAUCACACAAAUAGUUUUACCAUAAGGGGGGGGAUCUGCCAGAUCAGUGUGUGAAAAAGGGAUUUUCCCGACAUGUUUUUGAAUUUCCUGAAAAAGGAAACUUUUAUAGCAGUUUUACUCCACAUCAGGGAGAUUUUAACAAAUGUUUUUGCACUUUUUAUUUCGUCAGAAUGAUUUAAAUGUGACCAUCAUAAGGCUGUUAUUAUAAAUGUGCAUCUUUUUGAUGAGGCGUACGCUUUGAGGACGGUUUUCAGGGUGUGCUUGGAUUUCUGCAGCGCCUCCUCUGUGCCUGUGAGGUCGCCUCCGCUGGCCUGGAGGUGAAUUGCAUCUACAAUAUUUUCAUCAUGGCGAGCCUUAACAAUCUUUUUCGGGGGGAAUAAAAGCCACCACUAGCUUUUAUUAUUACUGUUCAACUCCUUUCCAAUUCAGCCUGGUUUAUUAUGGAAUAAUUACUGACGUAAUUUCAACAACAAAAAAGUUUUCAAUAGCCAUAUUAAAAGUAUAUACAUAUAUAUGAAUAUAUAUUUGUGUGUUUGUGUAGAUAUCUAGAUGAUUAUAUACUUUCUUAUAGAAAACGUUGGUGUUGAUCAUUCUCCUGCGUGUUGAAGAACACAUCCAUGACCGCCACCGUCUGUGCGGUUGGUUUGAAGACCGCCAGACAACCAAUCAAAAAAAAAUGAAGGAAAAAGAAAAGAAUAGAGUAAAGUAACCUUCCAAAGGGAAUUCUUUCAUCAAAAUGCAAUACUUUUCUUUCCUCUCUUCAUUCGACAGAAAUGAAAAAUGGCAGGAAAACCGUUCUGAACAGGCAAUGACCAAAAAAAAACAAAAAAACUCGGAGGCUCUUCAGAUUCAGCUUUAUGGAUGUUUCCAGGGUCUUUGCUCACAAAAACGUUUGUUUUUCUCACUGGCUGUUUGUCGGCUUUGGACACCCGUCGUUGUGGAACCAACCCCAGGGGGGGGCGUCUGCGGUCCACGCGUCAUCCCAUCCACCGGGUCACAUCUUUGUGAGUGCGUGUUGUUUUGGGGUAAACAUAAAGGGCAUACUUUGUUUUGUUUUUUUUUUACUUUUCAAUGUGUUUGAUUAAUUGUCUGUACAUCUAAUGACUAUCAAUUUCACAAACGAUUUUUCAUUUUUUAACUUAGUUUUUGGUAAAAACAAAAGAAGGUAAAUACUGCUAGUGAGAUUUUAUAUUUUUACAUACGUUGGGGUUUUUUUGUUGCUUUUUUUUUCUUUUUAUUUAUAUGCCACUUAGUUUGGAUGUCUGUAAAUGGUGUUUUUUUUUCUUCUGUUGUGUGAUUUCAUAUGUGUUGAGAAUGUGGAGAUAAAGGCAUUUCAGUAUUUUUGAAUUGUUAAAAUCUAGUUUCAUAGAAGCUAAAGUACCUGAUGUUAUAAAUUAUAUUUUACUUGAUGUAAAGAGUUUAAAACAGAAGACUAUGGCUUCCUUUUAAACUGAAUACAUUUCUCUUCAGAGAUGUUUACAUUAUGAAACUGUAGAGAUGUGCUCCUCAUAUACUGUAUAAAGUACAUAUAUUCAGUGAUUUGCCUCCAAAAAUAAAAACCUAAUGAACGACA